AUGGCCUCUACAUGCCUCUCCCGACUCCUCCUCAUCUUCAUGGUGGUGGGACUCGUCCAAGUCUUGGCCCAGCCUAUCAAUGUCGUUGAGAGAUCACCAUGCUAUAAGUGGAAGACCCAAGAGCACAAGACCGAGCGCAAGCACAUACAGUACGGCAGCAAGGAGCCUACAGUCGUCCACAAUAACAUCACAGUAAAUUUUGAAGAUGAGGAGGGACCAAAGGACAAGAGUCACUCGAAAGGAAGUGAAAGCGAGACCACUAGAACCGAAUAUCCCAAGGAAGGCUCAUCAAAGCAUUACAAGCACCUUUUUAAAACCGACAAGUACAAGGAUCCGGAAGACUACCAAGACAAGCACUCCAAACUCGACGACAAGCAUUACAGCAUAAAGCCCGCCGAAGAGAAAGAAGCAAAGAAAAAGAAAAAGCCUUCGAUCUGGCCAUAUUAUGCAGAAUUACUGCUAGACAAGACUGAAAACAAGAAACCGAAAUCGGAGGCGCAAAUGCGCAAGGACUCGGAAGACUCCACAGAUAAGCACUCUAAACUCGAUGGCAAGUAUUAUAGCAGAAAGCCCGCCGAAGAGAAAGCUGCCCACGCAGAUGAGAAAUCCAACACCAUGUCCGUGCCAUCCCAUCCUCGGGAAGUUCCAUCGAAGCAUGUCGAGUCCUCGAACCAUAUGGAUUACAAGCAAAAUGCCUCUGACAGCAAGAAGAGGAUAUUGACCCCUGGAAUGAAGAAAAUGUCGGGCCGUUUGCGCAUGAUUAAACAAGCUCAAAAAAAAGAUCUAGAUGGCUGA